AUGGGAAGCGGCGGAGACCCGAUCGAGUGGGCCAAGGGCCACUCAUGGCACCACGCCAACAGCGACACGCCUGCGGACCGGCACUCACCGCGCGACGGCAUCUGGCACUCUCACUGGGGCUGGGUGCUGGAUGAGUCAUACGCUGACUCGCGGCGCGACCCCAAGGGCAACAGCAAGGAUGACCUGGCGGCGCCCUGGUUCUAUGUCGAGUCUCCUGGCUUCUAUGGCUGGCUGCGUGAGACCUACAUGCUGCACAUGCUGGGCCAGGCUGUGGCGUUUGCUGCGAUCUGGGGGCUGCCCGGCUUCAUCUGGGGCUUCGUGAUCCGUGUGCUGUUUACCCAGAACAUGUGA